CGCGCGUUCCCGACAGCCGGGCCAGAGAACGUGCGUCUCUAACUUUUUUUGGGGGGACUACUAGUAGGAUCUCCAGCUGCUGUUUCGUCACGUUUGGAGACUGUUUCUUGCAAUACUUUUUCUCAAUUUACUAUCCCCUAAUUUCCCCCCCUUUUUUAAAAAUCGCUACACGGCCACACCUGGAACGCAACGCACAGCUUUGUAUCCCUCUCGCUCCAAACUCGACAGGCUCCUUUCAUGUGACGGACCUUGAUCCACCCCUGACUAUUGGCCUGCAAACCAGCCUGUCUGACAACCAGCAUAAACACACAGAAGCAGUCAUCCAGCAGGACUGUCACCCACCAAAAGCCAAAACGCGAAUUCUGCACAUUCAGCCAGUGAGAGACAAAGACAGCCGCUGAAGCAGCCUGCAAGAUAUUUAACUGGCCUGACCAACGGGCAACAACCAGCAGACAAGUUAGCCAGACAGAAGGGCAGCCAUGUUGAUUAUCUUAGCUUUCAUCGUCCUCUUCCAUGUGGCAGCAGCCAUCCUCCUCUUUGUUUCAACCAUACACAAUGCAUGGUGGGUGGUAUCUCAACCUGGACGGGAUUUGAUCUACACUGACCUGUGGUACUCCUGUAACGCCACCUGCUACCCUGUGGAGGACAGCCACACUGUUGAUGCAGCCUACCUGCAAGCAGUCCAGGCUACUAUGAUCCUGGCCACCAUGUUAUGUUGUGUCAGCUUCUUUGUCUUCAUUCUUCAGCUCUUCAGGCUCAAACAGGGGGAGAGAUUCAUUUUCACUGCUAUUAUCCAGCUACUGGCCUCUCUGUGUGUGAUGAUCGGGGCGUCCAUCUACACGGCUCAGAAAAAUUCCUUUCAUGUGUCCAGUCUUAAGGAAGGCACUUACGGAUCCUCCUAUAUCCUGGCCUGGAUUAGCUUCCCCAUGACUCUCAUCAGUGGCCUCAUGUACUUGGUGCUCAGGAAACGCAAAUAGAUGUGAUGGUCUUGACGUACAGGCACGCAGAUAUACAAAUAUAUGAAUAGGAACACUUGGACAUAUAUGCAUACAGACAUACAGUUUUCCUCAACAAACAUGUAUGCACAUUUUCUCUUUCUAACACUUAGAUUUUAAAAUGCCAUUGCAGAUAAAGAAGAAUCCACCAUAAUUUCAACCAGACGAUACACCAGUAAAGCAUUCAGCAUUACAGUUUUUCCCACCUUACGCACUCAAAACCCCUUUCACUGCAGGCACAAAUGGCCACGCCCUUCUCCUUCCUUACGGUACAGUGUUCUCACUGAAUGUGGCAAAGAUGCAUGACGACCCCCCAGAUUCCCAGUGUGCUCAGUUGACGGGCCAUACUGUAGAUUUUUUUCCAAACAAGUGCCUCAGAAAUACUGCUGACAGUCGACGGGAUAGACCCACUCUGAGUUGGGCGGUCCUUGUUUUUCUGUUGUCAUGCAUGACAGCCACUAAAAUAUCUUUCUGGAAGCAUUUGUUUUUACUUGUACUCAUUACUGUAUUGGCUUUAAUUCACAUUCAGUCAGCAAUUCCUAGUUUGAAAAGUGUAAUCUGACUUUUGCUAGCUAGGUACACUGUGCUCGAAAAGGUUAAUUUGCCUAAAGUUGAGGUCAAAUCUACUCUAUGCAAAUGCACCGGAGCAUACACUUGCCUUGCUGCAUUCAUCACUCACUCACUGCUCUGCACAUAAAUGGAAAGGACCAUCUAGUUGGUAAUUGGAUGGUUUGUUACACAGAACCAUCUGAGAAGUUGUCCUUGGAAACUGUUCGGAAAAGGGUUGGCACUCUCAAAAAAUACUUGGCAGGUGAUUGGAUGAACCAUCUGUCUAUCACUGUCAUACCUUAUGAGGCAGGUGGAUUUGCGAGAUCACAAGAUCAUGCGAGAAUCCUCAUAGGAUGCUAAUUGGUCUGACAGAAGUGCAUAACUUGAAGCCUGACAAGAUGGAUUCUCAUGUGAUCGGGCAAUCUUGUGAAUCCAGCUGCCUCUCAAGGUAAUCUAGCUGAGGCUCCUUGCUGCAUUUAGUGAGAACAUACCUUUACUAUCCUCUUCCCUUACUGCCUUCCCAUGUUUUCCAUCAGUCGUUACACAGAACCUGAGCUGUGUUGCAACACACUGAUUUGUCUCCUCCUCUUGUCUCAUUGUCUCCUGCUUCCCUCCAUCUCCAUUCAUAGCAACUUUUGUCUGAAACAUCUGAUUAAUAAGGAUAAAAGUUGAAGAAGACAAGUGAGGAGUUUUGUCUUACUGGGACACAGCCCCUGGACUUUCUAAAGGGUCCAUUAUUUUUUUGUGAAGCUAUAGUCAACGGAAUUUAUUUUGUACAUAUUUGCUGUGUAUGUAUAGUUCAGGUAAUUGCCCCCCAAAAAUAUUUCUAAGACUGAAAUGCUAAAGCUUUAAAGAAAAAAAGAAAAAUAAAGAAUCUUAUGUUAACCAUAGUAUACAGGACGUGUAGUGAAGAAAGUAGUUGAAAUACGUAGAAUUUUAACCCGUUGUUUGUAUUCUUAUGUUACUGACUUAUGUGUUUUAAUGGUGAAAAGAAACCAAUGACGUGCUGUGAUAUUUGGGAUUUAAAAUGAGAAAAUAGAAACAUACAAACUUGAAACAAGAACAUUAUUUCUUAUUGUUCAUUAUUAUGAAUAUGUUUUGUUAUUAUUAUACCUUUUUUUUGUUCACAGCUUCACUGAAAAAAAUACAAAAGCUAUUUAUUUAAAACAAUUUUAGUUUAUUUUAGCAUCAUGUGAUUGAGGAUGUAUGAAGUAGUGAAGUCUUGUCAUAUCUUUCCCUCUCUGGUCGGGCUACUGUUUAUUUGGUCUAUUACUGACACAUAUCUAACACCCCUGUGCACAUGUUCUCUGGCAUUUAAUAACAAUAAAUUCUUUACUGUAUUGUAUCUGCCACCAAUUCCCAGAAUUACUUCUAACUAUAACCUUUGUGGCAGUGUAGAGAUAAUGUUUGCUCCCACAGUAGCACUGUGUAAACUGUUUUCUUUUCCUCUUUCUUGGUGGUGGUUUUGGGCUGAAACAUUUAAAGCAGACCAGUUGGGUAUUAACUCGGUAGCUGCUAGGACCUGAAACAUUUCUAGGAAACAAAUAAUGCAUAGAAAGUGCCCAGUUCAACUAUAUGCAUCUUCAGAUGUGCACUGGGUUAUUUUGUCAUAGAAAUAUUUUUAUGUUGGGCGAAGUUUGGACCACAGAGCCUGGUAACUCACUAGCUCACCAAUGAUGAAGAUUCAGGGAAAAGAAAUGGAAGUAAAGAUUUUGCUCUGCUAUUUCAAGAUGAUACUUGAACAUGAUCAAAACAACAUAUUGGAGGCCAAGAUUGUGAUGUUUGUUGACCAUAUGUUUCAUCUUCAGAGUGUUUCACUGAUUAAUAAGCCUCCAUUUUGCAUGCAAGUUCUUGUCUUUCAGUGAAUCCCUUUAACUUAUGUUGAGAUGAAAAGUAAGUAGUUGCUGUACAAUAGGCUGGAAGUGGAAACCGCAGCAAUCACUUCUAAGAGUUGAGUUAUUAUUAGAGCUACUCUUGAUCUCUAUUUGGAAAUAUUUUACAUUAUGAUUAUGAUAAUUUUCCUGUAGUGUGUUUUAUGUCAUUGAUGUACUGUAGCUUAGUGAUUAUAGACCUAUACAAAGAACCAUAGGACCAUAUUCAAAAUAAUCAGUCAAGUAAACAUUCAAUCAUAUGAGUUGUUGAAGCCAAAACUGUAUUCAUGGGGAUUUGUUUUGUAAGCAUUUUUUUUGCAAUUGAAAUAUUUCUAAUGCUUAAUGAAGUAUUAAUUCCAAAUUGAUUGCGAGUCUCAUUUCACUUCAUAAAACAUGUUGAAAAAGUCAAUGUUUUAACAGUUUCAGAUUCAUCCAAAAGUUUUUGCUUUUACUCUUUGAGGCAAAUAAAAUUACAAAUUCAUGCUAUUAAUUUUUACCUCUGUCUACAACAUCAAUGGCAGCUUCUGUAUUCUGUAAGAUAUAUUACUGCGCUUUCAUGUAUUCGCUAGUCAUCAAACUAAAAUGUUUGUCUGCUAUUGACACCCAGUGGACUGAUAGAUAACUACACCAUGUGUAAGCGUUAGUUCUUUAGUUUCGGGCUACAGAAUAGGCUGUUGCUUGCUCCUGGACGACACUCCUGAAAAGAAUUGACUUGUUUCUACUUCAUGAAAACAGAUCGGGCAUACCUCCAACAGAUUCAGGAACAAAGACCCAAAGGACUCUGCAAGAAGUUAUAGAUUUUUUUUUCCUGUUGCCCCACCCAUCUGAUGUUGAUCUCA